UUAGCGAAACCACCCCGGGCGAUGCUUUAAAGAGGGGACUAUCAGCCCCGGUAGUUAGUCCCGUGAUACGCCAGUGGGGUUACUGGUUAGCUGUACCCAGGGGCAGCGAGAGAACAGGAUUAGCCAUGUCGUCCUUGAUCAGGAAGGUAAUCAGCACCGCCAAGGCCCCAGCGGCCCUUGGUCCCUACAGUCAGGCUGUGUUAGUCGACAGGACCAUUUACAUUUCAGGACAGCUAGGCAUGGACCCUGCAAGUGGACAGCUUGUGCCAGGAGGAGUGGCAGAAGAAGCUAAACAGGCUCUUACAAACAUAGGUGAAAUUCUGAAAGCUGCAGGCUGUGACUUCACGAAUGUGGUGAAAACAACGGUUUUGCUGGCUGACAUAAAUGACUUCAGUACUGUCAAUGACAUCUACAAAGAGUAUUUCAGGAGUAGUUUUCCUGCGAGAGCUGCCUACCAGGUUGCUGCUUUGCCCAAAGGAGGCCGUGUUGAGAUCGAAGCAGUAGCUGUCCAAGGACCUCUCCAGACAGCAUCACUCUAAGUGGGCCCAGUGUUACUUAAUCUGGAAUUUUAAUAAUGUUUUUAAUUAAUUCAGCUAAUGUCUUACUUUUUAUAAUUGAUGUUGGGAAGUGUAAGGUUGAUGGGCAUAUCUGAAGUUACUAUGGAAAUACCAUAUAAUAAGGGGGAUUGAACACAAAUUGAAGAUUAAUGAUGAAUCUAGUUACUGAUGUUAUAAAGUACACUUAUAACACUCGUAUCGCUGGAUGUGGGAAAAGAGACACACAUUACAUAGUUACUCAGAUAAAUAAAAGGAAAGGGAAAUAG